GGUGUAAACGAAUCAGAAGCAGAAGAGAGGUUCCUUUGGCGACGCAGUGAGCAAAACCCAAUAGCCUUGUUCUCAACUCUUUCGGUAUAGUGGUGUCCUUGAAGAGAGAUCAUCAUCACUAGACAUUAGAACCAUUUUUCUUUCUGAAUGGCACUGGUUGUAAUAUGUGGGCAGCCAUGCAGUGGGAAGUCCAAAGCAGCACUCUGUCUGGCUGAAGCUCUCAAAGAAUCAGAAUUGAACCAGCAAGUGAGGAUCAUAGAUGGAGCUUGCUUUCAUCUUGAUCGUAACCAAAGCUAUGCAAAUAUGCCUUCAGAGAAGAAUUUAAGAGGAGUGCUUAGGUCGGAAGUAGAUCGGUCUCUGUCCAAAGAUAGCAUCAUUAUAGUAGAUUCCUUGAAUAACAUUAAGGGUUACCGAUAUGAGCUAUGGUGCUUGGCUCGUGCAGCAGGGAUCAGAUACUGCAUGGUUUACUGCAAUGUUGAAGAAACUGAUUGUAGGAAAUGGAAUGAAGAGCGCAGGGAGAAAGGAGAAGAUAAUUAUGAUGAUUCAAUAUUUGAAGAUUUGGUAAGAAGGUUUGAAAAACCAGAUAGAAGAAACCGCUGGGAUUCUCCAUUGUUUGAGUUAUGGCCACACAGAGAUGGGACAGAGAAAUCUUCCCGUGCCAUUUUAGACGCUGUCUCCUACUUGACCAAAAAGGUGGACUCCAAAACCCGGGAUGUUAAGAUAUUACAACCAACUAUUGCAACACAAACUACACGUUCUUCGGAUGCAAAUUCUCUCUAUGAGUUGGACAAAGCAACACAAGAGGUCACAAAUGCUAUAGUAGAAGCCCAAUCUAAUGCUAUUGGCGGGCCACUUAAUGGCAUUUCCAUAGGGAAAGACUUACCUGCAAUCAAUAUUUCAAGGUUAGUUGGUCUGCCAGAGCUUCGAAGGAUGCGGCGUACCUUUAUAAAAUUAACAGGGCAAACGAGUUUAAGUGGACCACCACCUCCUUCUGAUGCAAAUAGUGCAAAACGAAUGUUCAUUGACUACUUGAACAGGGAACUAGGAAGUUCCUGAAUGCAAUUGCGAAAAGCUGCCAUGUUUGUACGAUUAGAUCCUGAGCUGUUUUAUAUUUACUUAGAUUAUGAUUGUUGAAUAAACUGCUGUUUUGAAUCCUUCCAACUUCAUUGUACUAUUGUCAUUUUUUCUCCCCACUUUUUCCCACCCAAGCAAUGAAGUAAAAAUGAUAAUUUUUGGUUCAUCCUUUUCAGAACAUGUCCUUUAUAUUUCACUUAUUAACAUCUCGUAUUCUCGUCGAUUGUCCUCCAGAAGAUAAGUUGAAAUGCAGUCUAUUGUGCAGUAUGCGAGAAGUAGCAUGCUAAGUUCUAAAUUACGGCUGUCGUCAGAGUACUCAAAUAUUGCGAGAAAUUGUCUACAACAGCAACUGAAGCAUGGUUCUUUUUCGGUUACUCGUAAAUGAUUUUUCUGUUUCAAAAUUUCCUUGCAUGGAUUUCUUCCAAAUAAUAUCAAAGAUUUUUCUC